GCCCCAUGCAAUUAAUGCGGACCCUGUUGGUCUACAAUAAUUUAAAAGCGGCUCUAAAGGAAAAGACCUUGGAAACGGUCUGGUUGUAGAAGGAUGGAAGGAGAUAUCAACCAGAAGCUGCUGGCAGGAACAGAGAAUACUGUGGUCGAGGAAGUGAAAUUUAGAGAAAAAUUAUGGACAGAGACAAAGAAGAUGUGGGUUGUGGCUGGCCCAGCAAUUUUCACCAGGUUUUCUACCUUUGGUGUUACUGUAAUCAGUCAAGCCUUUGUUGGUCACAUUGGUGCUACUGAGCUCGCUGCUUAUUCCCUUUGUUUCACUGUCCUUUUGAGGUUCGGCAAUGGUGUUCUGCUGGGCAUGGCCAGUGCGUUGGAAACUCUGUGUGGUCAAGCAUUUGGAGCAAAACAAUACCAUAUGCUUGGGCUAUACCUUCAAAGAUCAUGGCUAGUUUUGUUUAUGACUGCAUGCUGUCUUCUUCCUCUAUAUAUUUUCGCUACCCCACUUCUGAUCGCAUUAGGCCAGGAUGAGAAAAUAGCGGGAGUGGCAGGAUAUAUCAGUCAAUGGUUUAUCUUUGUUGUGUUUUCUUUCAUCGUAUCCUUCACCUGCCAAAUGUUCCUGCAAGCACAGAGCAAGAAUAUGAUUAUUGCAUACUUGGCAGCAUUCUCUAUCGGAAUCCAUAUCUUUCUUUCAUGGCUUUUGGCUAUGAAAUUAAACUUCGGGCUCGCAGGAGCAAUGUCAUCUACGGUUUUGGCCUAUUGGCUACCAAAUAUAGGUCAGAUUUUGUUUGUUACAUGUGGAGGGUGCAAGGAUACAUGGAAGGGUUUCUCAAUGUUAGCUUUCAAGGAUCUCGGGCCAGUUGUAAAGCUAUCUUUGUCAUCUGGUGCUAUGCUUUGUCUUGAGCUCUGGUACAACACAAUCUUGGUUCUUCUAACAGGAAAUCUGAAAAAUGCUCAGGUUGCAAUUGAUGCUCUUGCCAUCUGCCUGAACAUUAAUGGAUGGGAAAUGAUGAUAUCCCUCGGUUUCUUGGCUGCAGCAAGGAAACUGCUUCUGAAAAAAUACCUUUUUCUUUUUCCUCUUCUGCUGGAAUCUGUUCUUCAGGGUGUUUGGAUUGGCAUGUUGCUAGGAACACUUCUUCAAACUGUUGUACUUGUUGUCAUAACCUGGAAAACUGACUGGGAUAAACAGGUGAUCUUAGCUCGUACCCGUGUUAAUAAGUGGUUCGUACCAGAUUCCAAAGAAGAAAGCGGCAACACAGAAAAUGGUGCCUGAGGAGCAAGCUUCUUUUCUUCCUAGUGGAUUUAGAUUUUUGUUGCUAUAAUUUCUCGAAGCCAGUGACUAAUUCACUGCUGGGAAUUUGACUAACUAUUUUUGGAACUCGUUGCUGCAACUAUAUAUACUAAAAUGCAUUCCAACAUUCGAUUCA